UGUCUAACGUCAGUUACGAUAAUCUGUCAUUCAUAUUUACUCAAUGAUAAAUUAAACUAUUUAGUACAAAUGUUUUAUUAAUAGUAUUAAAAUAUGUGCUAAUAAAAUGGAGUAGUUUCUGUAAAAAAAAUGCAACGAUAGCUAAUUUUUAGUAUAAAUAAAGUAAGGUGACGCAUUUUCUACACGUGAAAAAUACGAUUUUUGACGGAAGCCAAUCAAUUUAGAUAGCGAUAACUGUAUCUAAUUUUUAAAAACUUUUAUUAUCGCCAAUAUUAUUUUGCUAUAUUAUUAAUAAUAAUAUAGAGCAGCAAGUUUCUUAAUCGCAUUAUUGUCCCUCCACAUUUUAUCAUUGUAAUUAAUAACUAACAAGUGUCGUUGACAAGUAUUGCAAUCAUAAUAUUAUGUAGCAUAAUACAUAGUGUAAAUGGUUUAGUAGUAUUUUACCAUUUAUAUAAAUAGCCGUCACAUGCCAUUUGAAAAGUUUAUGUGAAAUAUUUUAAGGGGUAUACAAUAUUUCACCAUUAAAUAUGUCUUCGCCUGAACAAUUAACUGUUGUGCAAUCAAAAUUUGUUUCGGGGGAAACUGUGAUAGUUACAAUGGAAGCAUCACUGAUACAGGGUUGGGUUAAAGCUGCAAGAAUUAUAGCACUUCUCAGUAAAGGAACAACUCAAGCAUUGGUUGUUUUAAUUAGUUCUAGAACACCUCCUCAAGUUUAUAGCGAUCUUACCAUAGAAAGAGUUUUACCCAUUGACCAAGAUUUUAAAUGUAACAUAAACACAGGUGAAAAACAACAAGACAGUUUAGAUGUUUAUCUUAAUGUCACAUCAAGAAAACUACACUUAAUAUUUGAAAUGAGGCCUGGAGUGGGAACUAGUUCUUUGGUGUCUGAAAUAUUUAGAGCUGUAGAAGUAUAUCAGAAAACAAAAAGUUCUGCAUCAGAAUUCUUAUGGAUUCAAAAAUUAUCAGGGAGUACACGUAACUUGAGUACCACCAAUGAAGAUGUGCAAGAUAUUGCUGAUCCUUUGGUAGAUUUAGAAAGUCCAGUUCUAGUUGUAACAAGACGUAGCAUUGCUUCUGGAAAAUCUCCAGUAGCUGCCAGAGAAUCAGCAGUGCGAUAUCAAAUGGCAUGCAAGGAAGACGAUUAUACAUACAGUAAAACAUUUCAUAUAUUUGUUGGUACGUGGAAUGUAAAUGGUCAACCACCAAAUGGUAUUAAAUUGCACGAGUGGUUAAGUUAUGACAAAACACCACCAGAUGUAUAUGCAAUAGGAUUUCAAGAAUUAGAUUUAACUAAGGAAGCAUUUCUUUUUAAUGAUACUCCAAGAGAAGAAGAAUGGAGACAAGUUGUAGCAAAAUCUCUUCACCCAGAUGGUGUAUAUGAACAAGUGGCCAUUGUGAGAUUAGUGGGUAUGAUGUUGCUCAUAUAUGCCCUAAACAGUCAUGUACCAUAUAUAAAAGACGUAUCGAUUGAUACAGUCGGCACUGGUAUUAUGGGUAAAAUGGGAAACAAAGGCGGGGUAGCAGUAAGUUGUUCUAUUCAUAACACGUCUAUCUGUUUUGUCAAUGCUCACUUAGCAGCACAUUGUGAAGAGUUUGAAAGACGAAAUCAAGAUUAUUCAGAUAUAUGUACACGAUUAUCUUUUUCAAAAUAUGUCCCACCUAAAAGUUUUAAAGAUCACGACCAAAUCUACUGGUUGGGAGAUUUGAAUUAUCGAAUAACAGAAAUGGACGUUACAGUUGCUAAACAACACAUAGAAACGGCAAACUAUGCUCCUGUUUUGGCUUUAGAUCAACUUGUUCAACAGCGGCGAUUAGGCCGUGUGUUGCAAGGCUUUCAAGAGGCAAAAAUUACAUUUAAACCAACGUAUAAAUACGAUCCAGGCACUGAUAAUUGGGACUCAAGUGAAAAGGGCAGAGCACCAGCAUGGUGUGAUCGUAUACUAUGGAAAGGGGAAGCAAUCACGUCAAUUGACUAUAGAAGUCAUUCUGAAUUAAAAAUUUCUGAUCACAAACCAGUUAGUGCUAUUUUUGAUUCUCAAAUCAGAAUUAUUGACAUGACAAAGUAUCGUAAAAUUCAUGAAGAAGUUAUGAAAAAACUUGAUAAACUGGAAAACGAAUUCUUACCGCAAGUAAUGGUUGAUACUACAGAAAUCAUAUUUGAUACAUUGAAAUUUCUUGAACCUAGUAGCAAAGAACUUAUUAUUGCUAAUACUGGCCAGGUACCAGUUCAGUUUGAGUUCAUAAAAAAAUUAGGCGACGCUAGUUACUGUAAAGAUUGGUUGGAUAUAGAACCCUUCAAAGGUUUUAUAAAACCAGGAGAAAAGUGCGACACUAGAUUCGAAAUAUAUGUUGACAAAAGAUCGGCUUGUAAGUUAAAUUCUGGGGAAGAUAAAUUAUACGAUAUAUUGAUUUUACAUCUUGAAGGAGGAAAGGAUAUAUUCAUAACCGUUACAGGUACUUAUGAGAGAAGUUGUUUUGGAUCUUCAAUAGAAGCGUUAGUUCACAUUCCAAUACCAAUCCGAGAAAUUCCUAUUGGCAGAUUAAUGGAACUUGAAAAUAAUAAAAAUCUUUCUCAAGAUCCAUAUGCUGUACCGAAAGAAAUAUGGUUAUUGGUCGACAGAUUGUACAGACAUGGUAUAAAAACUGCAGGACUUUUUGAAACUCCAGGACUUCAUAGUGAGAUUAUAGCCAUAAGAGAUUGGUUAGACAACUGGAGUCAAGAUCCAAUGCCUGGUAGCGUGCAUUCUGUCGCGGAAGCAUUACUCUUACUUUUAGAGUCAACAGCUGAACCAUUAAUUCCAUAUAAUCUGCACAGUGUAUGUUUAUCUGCAGCAACAAAUUACUUACAGUGCAAACAGAUUGUAAUGCAACUUCCAGAGAUAAGAAGAACAGUUUUUCUUUACAUAUGUUAUUUUUUAAAGGAGUUACUAAAUCAUACUCAAGACAAUGAAUUAGAUGCAAAAACUUUAGCAACAUUGUUUGGAUCGAUAUUCUUAAGGGAUCCACCAAGAAGUAGAGAUGAUCGAAAUCAAAGAAGUCGUACUGUUCAAGCAACAAUUGACAGAAAAAAGGCAGCAUUUGUUUAUCACUUUUUGGUGAAUGAUCAAAGUGAUCAAUACAGUCAUUAUUCGCUUUAAAAGAACCAGCGCAUUAAAAGCAUUUCGUUUAGCUAGAAAUAGUAAUUUAAUUAGCAACAUUAAGAAAAUAUUUUGUGACGUUUAAUACUUCUAUGAUAGUACUUAACAAUGACGCGAACUAAAUUUUUAUGUCAACAUAAUAUAUAUAAAUAACUUGCCAAUUCAAAAACUUAUUUUGAACGAAUAUACUGUAUGCUUGUGUGAAAUACUCGUGACUAGGUAAUAAGAAUAGGUAAUCCCAAGUUACAAUCUCAUCUAGUCUUUACAGCCUAAAAUGGCUAAUUGCGUAAUAUGUAAAUUUAUUCGUAAUAAUUACGUUCUUUGACACAUUCUAAAUUAAUUUUAUAUUAGCUUAAUAUUAUCAUCAAGUGUUUAGAAUAGAAACAAUAAUUUUAAGUUUGCAUAUAAGUAAUUUUAAGUUUAAACAGUGUACAACAUUUAUUAACAUUAUAAUGUUAUAUACAUGCGCAAGAUCAUUUAGAAAAAACUUAAAUCGGGAAUGUCCAAACCGAGUUCUAAAGUUCAACCCUGCCCCUUAUGUCCCGUAAUCACCGAUUCGCUAUACGAUGCGUGCCUACUAUGAACGUCCCUCACAUUCAAGAAAAACGGGAACGCGUAACUACGUUGAUUUUUUAUUUCCCGACUAUGACACGUAAAAGGUGAAUGAAUUACGUAAAGGGCUAUUAACAAUAUUUUAUUUCCAGCCACAUAAUAUAACAAGCUAUGACAU